CUCCUGUACACCGAGCGAGGUUGUUAACAUCUCGCCACUGCGGCGCCCCUAAGGGGUCGCGGGCCGGGGGGAGCUUCAAAUAUCCCCCCGCCCCCCCGCCUCUGUCAACCCAACACAAAUGAUGGUCCACCAUGGGUGGAGAAGAUCGGCAGGUGGCGCGUCGCGUGGGGGUAAAGUGCGCGUAGCUCUCACCUCCUCCACAGCGUCUUGACGACAAUACUUCCCCACAACGAUGCUUUUGGUUGGCAGGACGGCUGCGGUUGGCGAAGGGGGCGCGGGAAGACAUAGACGGCGAUGGAAGUGUCGAGGUCGUGUUCUCCCUCCCUGUGGCUGCCUGCCUGCCACUCCGUGGUUAGUCUCGACCAUCGGUCAUCAUCGCGUCGAGCUAUAACAACAACAAUAACAGCAACACUCAACACAUCCGCCAACAACAUCAUCAUCAUCACGAACAACGAGCAGAUAGCCCCACACCAUCAGGGUUGAACCACAGGGACACCUCACCUGACCUCACGCCCAGCGUUGUGGCUGGGGCAAGGCGGACGCGGCAGGGCAAGGCAAAGGAAGAGCUGGAGCAAGGCGGAGCAUCAGCUGCUCCAGGAUGCGGUGGAGAACGCGACAACAGCAGCAGCAGCAGCGUCACCGAUGGACAACAAAGACGGCAGUGAGCGGAGGACGCCUGACUGGAGUGGCCCUCGCCGUGCUCGCUUGUCUCGUGAGCGUGCACGCCGAGCGACACAUUCACAGAUUCCCGUCGGAAAACCCCGCGUGGCCUCUGAACCACCUGGCGGUGCACGAGCGCACGGGCGCCGUGUACGUGGGCGGCGUGAACCGCGUGUACCGCCUGGCGGCCGACCUGCGGCUGGGCCGCGCGCACGAGACGGGCCCCGCGCGCGACAACCGCGACUGCUACCCGCCGCCGAUGGUGGAGGCGUGCAGGCGCGAGCCGGCGCCCACCGACAACGUCAACAAGCUGCUGCUCCUCGACUACGCGGGCGACCGACUGCUGGCGUGCGGCAGCGUCUACCAGGGCGUGUGCCAGCUGCUCAAGCCCGACGACCUCUUCAAGCUCGGCGAGCCCAUGCACCGCUCCGAGCAUUACCUGUCGAGCGUCAACGACAGCGCCUCGAUGUUCGGCUUCGUCGUGCCGCGGCGCGGCAGCGGCGGCGGCGGCGGCGGAGGCGGCGAUGCUGCUGGGGGAGGAGGAGGAGGAAGGGGGCGGACGGUGGGCGAGGACGGUGGUGGCGCGGUGCCGGAUGAUCGCGCGGCGGCUGCGGCUGCGGUGGCGGCGGCGGCGGCGGCAUCGGAGGACGAUUUGACGCGCGCGACGCCGCGGCCGCCGUUUCCGUCGGACGCGUCAAACGUCGGAUCGACGACGGUCGCGCAGCAGCAGCAGCAGCAGCAGGAAGGGUCGGAGCAGCGGCCGCGGCAGGACGAGUCGAGCGGCGAGAGCGUGCUGUUCGUGGGCACCCCCGUGGGUGGCAAGGUGGACUACUUCCCGACGCUGUCGAGCCGCACGCUCAAGAGGGACGCGGAGGACGCGGACAUGUUCGGCUACGUCUACCACGACGAGUUCGUGUCGUCGCAGCUCAAGAUCCCCUCGGACACGCUGUCGUCAUUCCCGGGCUUCGACAUCUACUACGUCUACGGCUUCCAGAGCGGCGGCUUCGUCUACUUCCUCACGGUGCAGCCCGACACGAGGAAGCUGUCGAGCGACGCCGAGCGGAGGUCGCACUUCGCCUCCAAGAUCGUGCGCCUGUGCGAGGGCGACACUCACUUCUACUCCUACGUGGAGCUGCCCGUCGCCUGCGUCAAGGACGGUGUGGAGUACACUUUGCUGGAGGCGGCCUUCACCGCGCCGCCGGGGGCCGGGCUGGCGGCGUCGCUGGGCCUCGCCGUGACCGAGGACGUGGCGCUCGCCGUGUUCUCGCGUGACCGGCGAGACCGGGCGAGCCCGCCGGGCGACACGGCGCUCUGCGCCUUCCCGCUGCGCGACGUCAACCGCAGGAUCCGCGAGCGCAUCCGGGACUGCUACCUGGGGCAGGGUCGCCUCGAGCUGGGCUGGCACAUCAAGAAGGACAUACCUUGCUGGUACGCGCCGGUGAAGAUCGAGGAGGACUUCUGUGGCCUGGACACGAACCAGCCCCUGGGGGGUCUCUCGCGCAUCGAGGGGGUCCCGCUCCUCGCGGCUGAGCCCGGCGACGGCAUGACGUCGGUCAUCUCCUACGUGCACGGCAACCACACCGUGGUGUUCGCCGGCACCGCCGGGGGCAGCCUCAAGAAGAUUCGCGUGGACGGGGCUUGGGAGGGUGGCGCGGUGCUGUACGACGAGCUGCGCGCCUCGCCCGGGGAGCCGCUGCUCCGCGACAUGGCGUUCGCGCCCGACCGCCGCCACCUCUACGUCCUCUCCGCGAAGCAGGUGAUGCGCGUGCCCGUGGAGACUUGCCACCGCUAUGCAGACUGCGGACAGUGCCUGGGGUCCGGAGACCCCCACUGCGGGUGGUGCUCGCUGCACAACAUGUGCUCGAGGAGGGAGCUGUGUCCACGCGCCGAGGAGCCUAGACGGUUCACGGAGUUCCCCGCGGAGUGCGUGCGCCUUCACGUGCGGCCCGUCAGCGUCUCCGUCAGCGCUUCCAGCGUGCCGCUCGUGAUCACGGCGGAGAACGCCCCCGAGCUGUCGGGCGGAGUGAACUGCACCUUUGGCGUCCACGCCGAGGUGGAGGGGCAGCUCGGCGAGGGCAGCAUCACGUGUCUCUCGCCGUCACACAAGCAGAUCCAGGGCAUCGCCGUCCAGCCCGAGGGCACGAGGGUGGUGCGCCUGCAACUCCGCUCUCGCGAGACGGGGCUCGAGUUCGUGGGGACCGACCUCACCUUCUUCAACUGCAGCGAGCACCAGUCGUGCCUGUCUUGCGUGGGGAGCCCCUACCCCUGCCACUGGUGCAAGUAUCGCCACGUGUGCACCGACAACCCCCACAGCUGCACCUUCCAGGAGGGCCGCGUCAACGUGUCCGAGCUGUGCCCCCAGCUGGUGGCAGCGCCGGGCGGCUCGGAGCUGCUGCUGCCCGCUGGCAGGGAGCGCCGAGUCGCCAUCGGGGCCCGCAACCUCCCCCAGCCCCAGUCGGGGCAGCGCGCCUACUCCUGCGCCCUGCGCGUGCAGGGCGCCACGCUCAGGGUGCCCGCUCUGCGCUUCAACAGCUCCAGCGUGCAGUGCCAAGACGCCACGUACAACUACGACGGCGACUUCAGCAACCUAACGGUGGAGUUCUCCAUCACGUGGAACGGAGGCUUCACCAUCGACAACCCGGCCAACAUCACGAUCUCGCUCUACAAGUGCUGGGCGUCGCGCGACACGUGCGGACGCUGUCUGAGCGCCGACAAGCGGUUCGAGUGUGGCUGGUGCGGCGGUGGCCGCGCUGCUGCAGCUGCCGCUGGCGGUGCGGCUGCUGGGAACAGCGGUGGCGGUGGCGGGCGGUGCACCCUGAAGCAGGACUGCCCAAACGACCGCUGGCUUCAGCGGGGAGAGGAGGAGGAGGAGGAGGAUGAGGAGGAGGCAGCUCCGACUCGCUGUCCCAACCCGCGCAUCUCCCAGUUCUAUCCAAGCUCGGGCCCCAGGGAGGGCGGCACGCGUCUCACCAUCCGAGGAGAGAACCUGGGCCUGGCGUUCGGGGAGGUCGGCGCUGGCGUGACGGUGGCCGGGACGCCGUGCCACGCGCUGCCGGAGGGAUACGUCCCAUCAGAGCAGAUCGUCUGCGAAAUCGAGGGGGCGACCGAGGGGACCCCCGAGAGGGGCCCAGUGCGCGUGUGCGUGGGGGACUGCACCCCUGAGUACACGGCGGUGUCACGGCACGACUACGGCAUCUUGAGCCCGGCCGUGUGGGACCUACGACCGUCGAGGGGUCCGGUGUCGGGCGGCACGAGGAUCACCCUGAUUGGCCACGACCUGGACGCCGGCAGCGAGGUCAAAGUUCAACUGGGAGAUCAUCCGUGCCGCCUGGAGAGCCGCUCGCGCUCGGAGGUGGUGUGCGUGUCGGGCGCCAGCGGCCGGCUGCACAACGCGACGGUGGCGGUGUGCGUGGACCGCGCCUGCCUCGCCCCCGCUCUGCACUUCCGAUACCAGGAGGACCCCCGCAUCCUGAGCGUCAGCCCCGAGUGGAGCAUCUGCAGUGGGGAGACGCCGCUCACGGUGACGGGGCAGAACCUGGGAUUGAUCCAGCAGCCCAAGGUCCGGGUCCUGCACAGCGGUCGGGAGACCAUCAAUACGUGCGUCGUCUACAACGACACGCGCAUGGUGUGCAAGGCGCCGAGGAUCGCGACGGAGCCGCUGGGUCCUGCCGGCCUUGAGCCGGGUCUCGGCCCGUCGCGAGUCGACGAGUUCGGCUUCGUGCUCGACGCGGUGCGCUCGGCGCUCGUGGUCAACGCCUCCAGCUUCCUGUACUACCCCGACCCGGCCUUCGACGUGCCCCUCGCCGGCGCCGUCCACGUCAAGCCCGGCACGCCCAUCAUCCUCAAGGGCCGCAACCUGACGCCGCCGCCCUCUUCUGGGGGGCUCCGCCUCAACUACACAGCGCUCGUGGGGGGCAGCGUGUGCACCGUGGCGAUCUCCGAGACCCAGCUGCUCGUCGAGUGCCCCCCAAACCUCACCGGCCGGCACACGCUUACGGUAUGCGUGGGCGGCGUGGAAUUCGCCGCCAUCACCGUGCAGCUCUACCCGGACAAGUUGCUCACGCUGCCCACCAUCGUUGGCAUGGCGACGGGAGGCGGGCUGCUCUCGCUGGUCGUCGUGGCGAUGCUCAUCGCCUACAAGCGCAAGUCGCGCGAGAGUGACCUCAACCUGGAGCGGCUGCAGACGCAGAUGGACAACCUGGAGGCGCGCGUCGCCCUCGAGUGCAAAGAAGCGUUUGCGGAGCUGCAGACGGACGUGGACGAGCUGACGAGCGACGUGGACGGCGCCGGGAUCCCGCACCUGGCAUACCGCACGUACGCACUUCGCGUGCUCUUCCCCGGCAUCGACGACCACCCGGUGCUUCGGCCACUCGAGGUGGCGGGCCACGGGCAGGAGUGCGUGGAGAAGGGCCUGGCGCUCUUCGAGCAGCUGCUGGGCUGCAAGCUCUUCCUGCUGGUGUUCGUGCGCACCCUGGAGGCGCAGCGCGGCUUCUCGAUGCGCGACCGCGGCAACCUGGCGUCGCUCGUCAUGGCCGCGAUGCAGGGCCGCAUGGGCUACGCCACGGACGUCCUCAAGCAGCUGCUCGCCGACCUCAUCGCCAAGAACCUCGAGAGCAAGGGACACCCCAAGCUGCUGCUGCGGAGGACCGAGUCCGUCGCAGAGAAAAUGUUGACCAACUGGUUCACCUUUCUACUCCACAAGUUUCUCAAGGAACGAGCGGGCGAGCCCCUCUUCAAGCUGUACUGUGCCAUCAAGCAGCAGAUGGAGAAAGGUCCGAUCGACACGGUGAGCGGGGAGGCGCGAUACUCGCUCAGCGAGGACAAGCUCAUCCGCCAGCAGAUAGAGUACCGCACGCUGACCCUGAACUUGGUGAACCCGGAGAGCGAGAAGGGCCCCGAGGUUCCGGUGAAGGUGCUCAACUGCGACGCCAUCACCCAGGUCAAGGAGAAGCUCCUGGACGCGGCCUACAAGAACGUGCCCUACUCGCUGCGGCCCCGCGCCUCCGACCUCGACCUGGAGUGGCGGCCCGGCAGGAUGGCGCGGGUCAUCCUGCAGGACGAAGACCUGACGACGAAAAUCGAAAACGACUGGAAGAGGUGCAACACCCUAGCUCAUUACCAGAUUCUGGAUGGCUCAGCAGUGGCGCUGGUGCCAAAGCAGCUGCCCACGUGCCACCUGGCGCACCUCUCGCUAACGCGCUCGCUGCCAAGCCGCUACGAGAGCCUGGCCCGGUGUCCCGGCAGCCACGAGAGCCUGCGCUCGCGAGCGCCCAUGAUCACGCCGGAGCUGGAGAGUGGCACGCGGCUCUGGCACCUGGUGAAGACUCACGACCACCCCGACCAAAAGGAGGGCGAGCGCGGCAACAAGAUGGUGUCCGAGAUCUACCUCACCCGCCUGCUCACCACCAAGGUGACGCUGCAGAAGUUCGUGGACGACCUCUUCGUCACGGUGUUCGGCAUCUCGCACGGCGGCUCGACGCUGCCCCUCGCCAUCAAGUACAUGUUCGACUUCCUGGACGAGGAGGCCGACCGCCACCAGAUCCACGACGCCGACGUGCGACACACGUGGAAGAGCAACUGCCUGCCGCUGCGCUUCUGGGUGAACGUGAUCAAGAACCCGCAGUUCGUGUUCGACAUCCACAAGAGCAGCAUCACGGACGCGUGCCUCUCCGUCGUGGCCCAGACCUUCAUGGACUCGUGCUCCACCUCGGAGCACCGGCUCGGCAAGGACUCGCCCUCCAACAAGCUCCUCUACGCCAAGGACAUCCCCAGCUACAAGCACUGGGUGGAGAGGUACUACGCCGACGUGGCCAAGAUGCCCGCGAUCAGCGACCAGGACAUGAACGCCUACCUGGCCGAGCAGUCGCACCUCCACGCCUCCGAGUUCGACACGCCGAGCGCCCUCAACGAGAUCUACGCCUACGUAAAGAAAUACCACGCCGAGAUCCUCGGCGCACUGGAGCGAGACGACCAAGCGAGGAGGCAGCGUCUGGCCCAGAAGCUGCGGCAAGUCGUCGUCUGCAUGAGCUGGGAAGGCUGACGGCCGCGGCGAAGCCACGACAGGGCUACAGCGACGGCGGCAGCGGCGGCGGUUGUGGUGGUGGUUGUUGUUGUGGUGGUUGUGGCGGUUGGUGGACACAGUGGCGGGGAGAUCAAUAGGUCGCCACCAUCCUCCCCGCACCUCCUCCUCCUCCUCGUCUCCUCGUCUCCUCCUCUGGCAAUCUAACAGACUCGGUCGCCGGGGGACGCCGCCGAUGCUCGGACGAGCGUCGCGACGUUGCCCGAGCAACUUUUAAAACCUAACUCGGGCGGAAUUUUUUGUUUAAUUUAUGAUCGUCAACGUUAACUUUUUUUUUUCCGUUACAACAAAAAGCGACGACUUGACCGCGAUUGCCGGGUCGACGUCGUUGAGUCAGCGCGACGCCACGAAAACAAAGGAAUCUUCCCGGGAUGUUUGACAACAAAAUAGAAACUUCCCCAGUGGGCUGCUGUCAAGAACGCGUCGUAUCUCCGACCCGGCCCACGACCCCGAAAAAAGUUGAAGCUGCGGAUUAGACACCGCGCGCAGCUCGCAACCGGAAGCUGAGGAACACACACGCAGAGCCCCCCACCCCCCCCCCCCCCCCGAUCCCCCGCCUCUCCCCCGCCGCCCCACUCCCUGUCAGUUUUCCCGCGAUACUUGGGACAAGAACGGAAAAGCAAAAAAUAUAAUUGAUCAAACGAACGUGUUUGUUUUUGUUCAUCGAAACAGGCAGCUUCCAUGAAUGUUAUUUUAGAGCGUGUGCAAUUUUAUUUUGGGGAUCGUGCGCUUUACACUGAAUGCUGUGUUCAAAAUUCGUGGAAUUUUUUGUUUUCUUUCGUUCCGUUUUUUUAUCCGUUUGUUCAUGAAUGCGAGCAUGUCAAGAAUGAUGGAAUUCCUCCGCUCUGCCUGAGCUGGCUGCCUGUCACCUGGUCGCUUGGCUGGUUGGGGCACCAAAAACCCCACGGUCAGCUGGGCCAUGUGGGGUGUCAACCUGGCACGUGACAAGCUUGCCUCUCCAAGGACCGCCUCCCUCUCCGAUCCACACGAUCCACACGAUCAACGCUAGACCUUCGCGCUCCACCAUCAGCCGAUAGAGUCUCCAAAUCGUCCACGUUCUUAAAAGGACAUCUUUUACUCUCAACAUUCCGACCGAAUGUUGAGCGUAAAAAAAUAAAUUGUCAUUUUUGUAUUUUUUGCGGGGCAUAGGGCCGUUGCGAGAAGCAUUGUCCAUACUGGGUCAGGGUUUGUCUGCUCAGACAGACGCUGCCAGUACAGCUGGACAAAUUUGGUUGGAUCCAAAGCCCCGUGAGCUCACGGAUUGAAACAACAGUUAAUUUCUAGCCGUACAGAGCAGGACGAUGGGCCGAUUAUUUAUUUACUUUACGCAUCACCUGUGGGUCCUCUGCGGUGGCAUGUCAAUGAGUGUCGUAGAGAGAGAGAGAGCGGCUCGCGGUGUUUUUAACGAGUGGAUAAAAAAAUAACUGCCACUGCCCGCACCGAUGUUAGCCACCUGCCGGGAAUCAAACUUGGACCCGGGGUUCCCUGGCGCAGUCCACUCACCGCUGUGCCACCGCUCCACCUGAAACUGUUAUAAGGCAGCAUUCAUGGAGCAAAGUGGUCAUUAUUAUUACCAAUUAAAUAUGUAGACUUUAACAAUUAAUCGGUGGCUACGCAGCGUUCAGAUUGCCCUCUCUGUCUCAUCGGAGGAAGGGGCCCUUGCCCGGGGCACUCGACCUACCGCCGCACAGCACUAACCGGACCAGGCGCUGACGCCUUUCGUAAAAUCGGUGCUGCUUGUUACGGGCCGGCGGUCCACGCCCCGAUGCAGCGUCGCUUCGCGAACCUGAGGGCGAUGCUCCCUCCGCCAUCGCGUUCCAUCAAGAGGCCAUGAUCCCGUUUAGGGUCGCACAACAAACCGGGACACACCAUGGGCAGAGGAGGAAGGCGAGAGGUGGGUGGGGGGGAGGGGGAGAGGUGUAAUUGACCUAAAUCAGGACAGGUGGCAAACCCUUCGUUGUGAUCGUGACCAAGUGGCCGUUAGACACAGGAUCUCGACAGGCCCGGUGACAAUGAUCGGUAGCGCCGGGGCUAUCGUGGGGCUGGGGGGUGGGGGGGGGGGGGGUGCGGAAGUGAAGGGGGGAUUGGGGACUGCCACACGUUCAACUCGUUUUAUGAGCCGGUGGCCUCAACGAUAAUAGCGGGGGCCACUACUUCAGCUCUUCCGAACUGGUGGUUUAGACAAGGCUGAGAGCAUUGCACGUGCAACAUGGCGGUCGCGUUGAGACGUGUGCGAGGCACGAUGGGAGCCGUGCCUUCCCGACGUUUGCGAGCCGCACAACUACGUGCGUCGUCGAUUCUGUUUAUCGGCUGCGGUGGCGGCGUGUGUUUUAGUUGAGGUUUUUUUUUCGGAUUUUUUUUGUUCAAGAGGGCAGGAUGGCAGCACCACACCAAAGUCUGCGGGUGGCACGGGUCACGCGUGCUGAUUCCACGUUACAGGUUGCCCUCGCGUUACGCGGCAGUAGUAGAUGCGUUCCAAAAAGAUGGCGCGCAAAGCGAAAACCGCACGAUGAGAUAGCUGCCUGCCGAGUAGCAUGCACAGUACACACAUACAAUACACACACAGUACACACACACAGUACACACACACAGUACACACAGUACACAUGCAAUGUUGUCCCACGUCCGACCGCAUCGCCACCGCAUCUACAUUAAUUCAAAACCGCAUACAUUGCGAAUUUUGGGUAAGAAUAUGUUCCCUCGAAAUUGCACAAACCGAACCCCUGCGCAGAGCGAUGGAAACCUGUAUUUCAUUGUCGCUUGUAUAUAUAUAUUAUUUUGUUGGCCAGGGCCCGGAGACAAUUUUACGGAAUGGAGCGUUCUCCCAAAGUGGAGGUCACGUGGCCUCCGACG